AUGGAAUAUAUUAAUUCUGAUAAAACAAUGGAAAUAAGGCCUAUGCUGAGCGUGUUUACAAAUAUGUUUUCUCUCUUGAAUAUGUCUCCUGCAGAUUCUGUUUGGCCAAUGAGUUUGGUUUUACCGUCGCUUGAAAGAUUAUCUGGUGUGAACGAUAAGAAAUUACUUCCUAAAAUUCAACAGGCUGACUCCUCGAAAAGUGAGAAUCAGAGCUGCGAAAGAGUGUGCACACACAGAGAUAAGAAAAUUUAUGCAAAAAACAUGUGCAAUAAUUGCUAUAGGCGCUUUGGAAAGGACAAAUUAGCUUGAACUUGUCCUCAUAGAGAUCGCCAGCACUAUGCUAAAGGCAAAUGUCAGCUUUGCUAUUUGAAAGAAUAUCAUAGAUCACGAGUUUUCGAGAAAAGACACAAACGUCAGGACUUGAAAUAG